CAAAAAACAGUUCACAAUAAGCCGUGACCAAGCUUAAAACCCUACCAAAAUCCGAGUUUGUUAGCAUUCGACCCAAAAGGAGGAAAUGUCAGUUUCUGAGGAAAAUGCCAAUAUCCGAGACCACCAUCGCCGGUUGCUGGCGGCGAAAUACGAGCUGAGACGAAAUCUGUACAAGGCCCUCUGCAAGGACCCAAGCCUUCCCAGCGACCUGCGCGAGGAGAACCGGUUCAAGCUCUCCAAGCUGCCCAGAAACAGCUCCUUCACGCGCGUCAGGAACCGCUGCAUCUUCUCCGGCCGCGCACGCGCCGUUUACGAGACCUUCCGUAUGUCCCGUAUCGUCUUUCGUACUCUGGCCUCUAAAGGCAUGCUCAAUGGCAUUAAGAAAGCGUCUUGGUAGCCAUCGAACUGGUGGCUGAUGAUACUGCAAAAGUUAGUAGAAGUUGUUCUAUUACAAUGCUAUACCUUGGUUAAUUACAAACCGGUCACUCUCUUACUUUGCCAUCGGUUCUCCAUCUUUGUGUGCACUAUUUUGAGUUACCUAGUGGACUGAAUCGGGAAAGUUUGGCAUAGGGGAGAGAAUGAAUGGGCAUGGGAUUAACUAUUCCCUAUAAUAAUUCUUGGUUUUUCAGGGAUUGGUUCUUAAGCCUAUACUUGUUUUAAUUUCAUCUUGAUUGUUUGAGCUUUA